AUGAAAUUGAUUUCCCUACUUUUGGCGUCUUUCAUUAUUUGCCACGCGUUUGGAAUGCAAGAAUUAAGAACCCGAAUAGAUCCGAUUCGCACGUUCGAUAUUCCGGAAGAAGCUCCUCGCGCACGUAUACUCGCCGUUCGAUUUUCAAAAAAGCCGGCGAAGAUUAGAAAGCCUUACAAGAAUGACCCUAAAAUGGAUGACUUCACACGAUUUGGAUUAGGCGAUCUCACUGAUCGAGAUAUGCGAUCUAGCAAGGAAGUGAAGCGGACUGCUCAUCGAUAUCAACAUCGAUUUUUGAAGACUUCGUCCUCGUCAUCACCGGAAGACUUUUUCCCAUAA